AUGUCCUCUCAUUCAGACCUCCGUCGGGCGUUACGGCAGGCGCUCCCGCUCCUCUCAGAUGCUAAGCUCUACCAGUCGGCGAAAUGGGCCGCGGAGCUUCUCAAUGCGGUUCCGGAUCCUGAACCGUUUGCCACUGAGCCGCUUUCCAGACUGCCACCCGAAGACGACUGCAUCAUACUUGCCCGCACAUUUUUCGACUGCAAAGAGUUUGAUCGGUGUGUGCACGCGCUUAAACCGUGCCUGUCAGCCGAGGCAACGUUUCUCCGCCUUUACGCGAUGUACCUCUCGGGCGAGGCCAAGAAGGAGCGCAGCAGUGAAACCGUACUCAGCGCGCAGGACGCAGGUGGCACGCCCAAUCUCCAGAUGAGCGCCAUCGUGCGUGAGCUCGAGGCCUUCCACAAGACCAAUAAAACGGAAUCCGCACACACCGCGUUGCUUCACUACCUCCAUGGGGUGGUGCUCCUCAAACAGAAAAACGCGGGCGCCCAGGAACACCUUGAGAAAUCCGUGUGCAUGUUCCCGUACAAUUGGUCGGCGUGGCAAGAGCUCGGUGCGACACUCGCGACGCCCGACGCAGCACAGGCGUGCGUAGCGCGUCUCCAGAGCCGGCCGGAGUUUGCAGGUGUGCCUGGCGCCAUGCUCCAGUUCUUUGAGGUGGUACUCGCACAGGAGCUACUGCCGCACUCGCCGCAUCUCCAAGCUCAGCUCGACGAACUAACGGCCCUCUACCCGUCGUUUGCGUUUCUCAAGGUCCAGCGCGCACUCGGAAGUUACCACGCGCUCGACUACGCGGCGGCGGAGGAGCUCUUUGACGAGAUCUUGGCGACCGACCCGCUCCGCUUGGAUGAUAUGGACACGUAUCUGAACGUGCUCUAUGUGAUGGAGAAGCGCGCGAAACUCUCGCAUCUCGCGCGGUUCGCGGCAUCGGUGGACGAGUUCCGCCCUGAAACGUGCUGCGUGGUAGCAAACUACCACUCGCUCAAGGGCGAGCACGAGAAAGCGAUUAUGUACUAUCGGCGCGCGUUGGCAUUGAACCGGCGCUGUCUCGCGGCGUGGACGCUCAUGGGUCACGAGUUUGUUGAGUUGAAGAACUCGCACGCGGCCAUCGAGGCAUACCGCCGCGCGCUCGAUGCCAAUGUGAAGGAUUUCCGCGCGUGGUACGGCUUGGGCCAGGCGUACGAGGUGCUCGAUAUGCACCUCUACGCGCUCUACUACUACCAGCGCGCUGCGAGCUUGCGGCCGCGUGACCGCCGCAUGUGGCAGGCUAUCGCGCACUGCUACGAGAAGUUGCACAAGUACGCGGAGGCCAUCCAGACGUACGAAAAAGCGCUGGGAAUUGACGAAGACCCGCUGUUCCAAUACAAGCUUGCAACGUUGUACGAGCUUGUGGGGGAUGAGGAGCGCGCAAGCGAGUAUAUGCACAUGUGUUUGGAUGGGGAGGCGAAUGCGCGGUUAUGGUUGGCACGGUACGAAUUGAAGCGGGGGGGUUAUGUGGCGGCGUAUGAGUAUGCAAAUGAGUUUGGGAUUGCGAACAGGGGGCUGGCGCAGGAUGUGGAGGAGGCCAGGGGAAUUGCAAGGGAAGCGAAGAAGCGGAUAGUUUAA